AUGUCCCAGAUAAAUAAUACAUUUAUCAAGUUGCGAUCGCGUCUGCGGGAGCGUGAUAUCAAGUUGUGGGAGGAGCCGUACUAUUUCGAGGGCGUGGGCAGCAUUGAAACGGAGAUGGACCGUUUGGCCAGGGACUUGAGUGGAGAACUUGGCAUUGACCUGGCGGACUGCAGGUGUGCUUUGGCCGAAAUGCAGGACGGUGCUCUAAGGAAGCUGGCAGCUCGCAGGGAGUUCAAUGCCACCGGUUUGGCCACCUUCAAUGUGCGUUGUGUGGACAGCAAGGGAGGCACAUCGCAAAUUCUGGAGAUUAAGUGCUCGCUGGGAGGUAUGGGCUCCGAACUUCAAGGCGAAGUGGCCAAGAAACUGAACUUGAGUGAUCCCAGUCAUGUUAAGUGCAUUUCCGGAGGUCGCCUCAUCAAUGGACAGACAACUUUGGCCUCGCAGGGCCUGAAAACCAAUCAACAACUUAUGGUAAUAGUGGGCGGUGAAAACGAGGGUCAGCAGCUGCAUGAACGCAUCCAAAGGAUUCGAGCUGAUGUGGAAUUAAUUACGGAUGCCGAUCAUCGCUUUAUGGAAAUGGAGGAUCAAGAUGGCCGGCCGAUUUUCCUGCCACCCGAUGAAAAUCGAUCACUACUGAUGGCCAUGAGCAUGUACGAGGCGUCCAGAGGAGCCAUGCGUCGUGAAAAUUUCGAUGAGGCUUUACUUUUGCUCCUGGAGGCCGAUGAGCUUUUCUCCCGUUGCGACUCGAAAUUUCUGGAGGCGGUGGAUAAUUAUGCUCUGAUAAAUCUGGACAUUGUAUGGUGUUAUCUGUGCCUGAAGAAUAUCACCCAACUGCCGGAUGCCCAGCGACGUUUGGAUAUUUGCGAAAGGAGUUUCUUUAAGAGCUACGGCGAACAGUUCGGUCGUCUGUACUCGUUAAAGGGUACCAGUUGCCCAGAAAGGGCUUUAAUUAUGCGACUUCACCUGCUGCAGGGUGUGCUCUUUUUCCACCAAAAUCGCCGGGAUGAGGCCUAUGAAAAAUUGGAGGAGGCUUCGCGAGACUUGAAUGAACUAAGGGUCGAUGACGAUCAGCUUUCGGCACUGGUGGAAAUGGGCUAUGAGGAAUCGGAUGCCCGUUUAGCCCUAAGAUCCUGUGCUGGAAAUGUGGACAGAGCGAUAGAGUUUAUUCAGGAACGCAAGGUGAAGAUCAGCGAAGAACGCAGGAAUUCGGCGCCGGCGAGGCAGGUUUACCAGGAAAUGAGAGAUGCCAAUUCGGGGGGAGGAGAAUGGGUGGAUCCGCGCAGUGUUUGCCGACUCAUGGAAAUGGGCUACGAAAGGCGUUUGGUUGUGGAGGCUCUGAAGAGAACCAAAAAUAAUCUUGAACGCAGCUUGGAUCUCCUGCAGCGCCACUCGGAUGAUCUCAGGGCCAAUUUGCCCGCAACACCUGCUGUCGAUGAAUCGCUGCUUUCCACUCUCCAACAACUGGGUUUUCCGGCACCCAACGCUCGAGUCGCCUUGGAGACCACAGAUAAUAAUUUCCGAAAAUCCAUAGAAUUCCUGCUGAAAAGUUUCGUUAGCGAGGCCGAGCUACUGGGUGUCAUAGAAAAGAUGACCAAGUUAGUGGAAGACCUUGGACCUUCGGGCUCGAAACGAGGAAGCAGUAGUAGUAGCUCCACCACUCCAUUGGUUAACUUAUCCGGCAGCAAGAUGAGACUAGUCAAAUCGGUUCUCAGUCAGGCCAAGUCUGAAAUAGAAUCGUAUAAUGCCUACAAGAGAUUUAAUGAAGAACUCAGCGAAAUUAAUUCGCACUAUUUGGACCUGCCGCUGGUGCAGGAAGAGCAAAUCCUCAUCGAGUAUAGGAAUCUGCUGGAGCGUUGAUUUCUUUGAAAAGACUAUUUAAAACGGAAAUUACAUAUUUUUCUGAAAUAUAUGUAAAGCAAAAGACAAAAAUACCUCGUCACUUGAUCUCUUAUUAUGGGGGAUUUAAAAAUACAUUAAAACUGCCCCAGACCAUCAAAG